CUUCAGUCUGAGCGGGCAAAGCAGUGGAUCGCAGAGCGGCUGCUACAUGAUGUUAGAAUUCAGCCCAGAUAAACUAAUCCAGGAUUUUUUAUACAUAGACUGUAUAUAAAGAUGAUAUAUAAGCGAGGAGCAGUGAGUGUAGUCCGGGGUUUCACAGCUGGGAGUUGUAGUUGAAUUGUUAGUUUAUUUCCCGGAGAGAGCCAAUGAGCGGGCCGCUAGACUUCCACCCGGAAGUGUAGAGACUCAGGUAGUACAUGCUGUGGGCUCGGUGCUGUUUGUGUUUAGUCCAGACAGAGAGAUAUCAACAUUUAAAUAUCUUCUAAAUGCUACGUAGCAGGAGUCCUGAGUCAAAAUGGCGCUUGUGCGAAUGAGGAACAUGAAGGGCGCCAAUGCCACAGAGAUAGAAAAGAAAAUUAAAAGAGGUAAUGCUUUGAGGCAGGGAUCUGCAUGGAGGGGGUACCGAGGACUCGUGGCCUUGCUACUGUUUGUGCUCUCUGUGUGCGGGGCUUCUACGUGGUGGUACUUGAGCUCUCUGGACCGUGACGUUACAGAAACACUGGUCAGACGGAGUGAGCUGGUCUCUCCUCAGCCCAGAGUCUUUACAGUCGAGUGCUCUGAAGACUAUGAGAACUACCAACGCUAUCCAGGAUGCACCCCUGAGACGUGUGGCCGUGCAGUAACAGACAGCGUGGUAACGAGGGAGGAGGCUCAGGUCCUCAGGAGGUAAACACAGAGUGCAGUGAGUAUAUCAGAAACAGAAGGGCAGGCUUCCAUACUGGACCUGCACUCUGGAGCACUAUCGAUGGGAAAACAGUUUGUCAACAUCUACAGGUACUUUGGGGAGCUCAUCGGGGACGUGUUCACAAAAGAGGAUUUCGAGCUUUACAGAGACGUACGUGGGCGAAUCCAGGCGGUUAUUGCUGAGACGUUUGAUUUGGACCCCAGUCUGAUGUACCUCACCAAGCCCACCUUCUUUUCCAGAAUCAACAGCACGGAAGCCAAGACCCAACACGACGAGUACUGGCACCCACAUAUAGAUAAGGUAACUUAUGGCUCUUUUGACUACACCUCUCUUGUAUACCUGUCUGACUACGGCGUUGACUUCACUGGAGGACGAUUUAUCUUCAUGGACCAAAAUGGAAAUCGGACAGUGGAACCUCGGGCAGGACGAGUCUCAUUCUUCUCCUCCGGCUCAGAGAACCUCCACCGCGUGGAGAAGGUAACAUGGGGGACGCGCUACGCCAUCACGGUGUCCUUCACCUGCGACCCUGCACACGCCAUCUCUGAUCCGGCCCUGCCCUGAGGCACCCAUGGGCAACGCCAUUGCCCUCUGGCUGGGACAAACCCUGUAAUGAGGGGAACAGGGGGAAGGACAACGGGAGAGAUGUGGAAGGAGGGGAAAGAAAAAAAUAAAAGGUUUAUAUUGAGGUUUCACUGCUAAACUUGAUUAACUGUAGUUACACAACUUAACUUCUGUAAUUUUCUAUUGUUUUGUAAGCCACAUGCUCACCCUUUCUUCUGGAGAGGUGUUUUCUUAUUUGCUACCUACCCAUGUCUUUUUACUCAACUUUCUACAGCAACUGUUUUUUUGUUCUUGAUUUUUUUUAUCUCGCCAUCUUAAUCACUUGUAUUAGGUGUGGUUAUGUUCCAAGCAGGUUUCACACAAUCUGCUCCUCUUGAUCAUUUUGGGGGACGGCUUGAGCAGAAAUUGCUUCUCAACUGACAAGUCUCCAAGAGGCUAAAGUGGGAUUGUGUGUUUUCUCUGUGUCUCCACGUGUUUCUCAUUUUGAGGCGAGCUGUCAUUUAUGUGAAGAAGAGAUAUGGAUCUGGAGACUCUCCUAUUAAAAUCAACCUUUCAUCUCAGAAUCCCAGCUCAAACUCGCCUCCACCCGAGGAACACAAGGUGUUUUCUUCUAAGAAGAACCCUCUCCUUCUGCAACAGUGAUUGCUGCUUCGACUAUGUUUCUAUUUACUUCAAUGUGGUUGGUUGAGAACGGUUUGAAAUAAAAUACUGUCAGAACCUGAAA